CCUGUUUCAUGUUGCCGGUGAUCAUCUCUGUUUAGCUUCUUUCCCCGUGGGUGAAGAUGCAUCAGACUGGGUCUGCACCACUGGCGCUGCUGGCACUUCUGGUGCUCACACUCGAGAUGUCCAGCGGCCAGUCCUGCCCCAGGAGCUGUAACUGCUACCAGGCCAAUGAAGUUCACUGCACCUUCCGAUCACUGCUCAUCGUCCCACCUGGCCUGCCUGCGCAUACGAGACGGAUUAAUUUAGGGUUUAAUAGUAUCAGCAGACUUCAUGACAAAUCUCUGGUUGGGUUAAGGAGAGUAGAGCUCCUGAUGCUCCACAGCAAUAACCUCCAAGAUCUUCCAGAUGGAGUGUUUAAAGAGAUGAAGUCGCUCCAGAUACUCAAGUUGAGCUAUAACAAGCUGAGAGAGAUCUCUUCAUCUCUGACCUUCUCUGGCCUGACAUCACUGCUGCGUCUUUACUUGGAUCACAACCUGCUCCAACACAUCCACCCCCGGGCUCUGCUCCAGCUGCCUAGCCUCAGGCUGCUUCGUCUACAAGGCAACAGGCUGCAUCAGCUGCACCCUCACGCUCUGUGCACGCUCUCCAUCCUGAAUACAUAUUAUUUUUCUACUUUGAGACAUCUAGAUGUUUCCAACAACAGUCUAACUAUCCUGUCUGAAAAGAGUGUGACAACAGCACCUCUGCUGGAGACUCUGGUCCUGCAGGCUAAUCCUUGGAGCUGUGACUGUAGGAUGAACUGGUUUCUCUCAUGGAGUCUUGCUCACCCAGGCUUAUUGAAAUGUCCUGGUGGUCCUCAGUGUCCAGUUUGUGCCUCGCCCCUGUCUCUCCAGGGCCAGAAUUUGCUUGAUCAGGCGACUCUACAUUGCACUUCACCGAUCAUCAGCUUCCCUGGAAAAGAAACACCCUUGGAAUCAGACCAUAGCAAAAUCCAGCCAAGUGAGAAGUUCAGAGAGCCUUUAGGCAAUAUCACCCUGGGUCUUUCUGACCAACAAGGGUACAGCGUUGAUCUGAGUUGUAAAAUUACUCACUCUACCGAUUCCCCAGACGUUACUCCUCCUCCAGAUCUCUCCUGGAGUUCCUCUUUUCCUCUCCCGCUCGCUUUGUCUCUCCCCCUUGACUGCCCUGUUCUGGGACAAAGCUACGAGAAACUUUGGAGGAUUUUGGCUUACUACAGUGAAACCGCAGCUCGCCUUGAGAGGGAGAUCAUGUUAAGUAAAGCUCCGGCAUUGGCCUACCGCUACAGACAGGCACCAGAGACAGAUGGAUAUUAUCACACUGGGAUCAAAGCCUCUGUUAAAGCCCGACCAGAAUGGUUACUACAAUCAGCAAUUAGCAUUCAGCUUGACAGAGCACAGUCUAACAGGCAUAAAGUCCAACUUAUCUACUCAACGAGAGUUUCUGCUCAUCCUGAUCAAACUUUUAAUCCCUCACUGUCUUCCCCUACUUCUCACCCAUGGGUAAUGAUUUUAACUAAUCGCACUAACACAGCAGUUACAGCAGUAGGAGUAGCAGGCAGUAACAUACAGCUGUCUUGCCCUGUUCUUAGUUCUAGUAAUCCCAGUGUCCAAUGGAUUCUUCCAGAUGGAUCUAAACUCAAUACUUCUUCAAGCAGUUUAGAUGGCAGGUUCCAGCUAUCAGCCUCAGGCCUACUAAUACAAAGAGUACAGCUCUCUGAUGGAGGGCUUUACCAUUGUGUUGCCAGAGCUGGAAGAGAUUUCGAUGUCCUUCAAUUACGCCUGGCAGUACAAGAGUCUGCCGUUCCAUAUUCAGGUGAGCUAAGUGGACCCCCGGUCACUGGAACCAUUAGAGAUGCUGUCACUCUGCCCUGCAGGAUAUCUGGUUCACCAGAACCUUUGGCAAGUUGGAUUUUGCCAGAUGGAAAUGUUGUGUGGCAAGGAUUAGCUGUAUCAGGUGGAUUGAAAGUACAUUCAAAUGGAAGUUUGUCUUUACUUGCAUCAACUCUGAAGGAUACAGGAUAUUACCGCUGCAUUGCUGUCAACCAGUAUGGUAGUGACACCAUGUCAAUGCAGCUGAUAUUAAAAGCACAACAUAUUUCUUCCCUUGAGACUUCAUUACCCAGAGGACCUCAAUCAGCUGCUGGCAGGUCAACAAAGAUACCGGUCCCCAAUUUUGGGCAGAUUGAUGAAGGAUCAGGAGAUGAAGAAAAUGAAGAGGAUGAGAAAACCUCCUCUGGUAAAAGAAGAUAUCCAACAUCUCUCCAACCACGCCCAAACAGACAACAUCUAAUAAAGAAGCCACAAAGAUAUGGUCGUGUUAGAGAGGGACAUCUAAAAAGGAUUGGAGGACCUACUUCACCAACUAUGCAGAAGAAACACCGCUUUCAGAACAGACCCAGAGUAACCACAAAGAAACACAGGAUAGACCCUCAGAAAUGGGCUGAUCUCCUGGCAAAAAUUCGUCAAAAGACCGCCAACAGCACCAAUAGUCAAGCAAUUGCUGAAGAAAAAACAACAACUCAACCUAUAUUUGAAGAAAAAGAUGAAGAAAUUAGACAAGGAGGAAAGGGUGACGAUAAAGACAGAAGUAUAUCUCAUGGCUCACAGGAGGAAACAGAAUCUGAAGGGUCUUCAGUUGAUGAUGCUACUGUAAAAGAAGAACAACCACAACCCAUUCAACCUCCUGAUAAGGAUGCACAGAUAAUACAAGCAACACAAACCAUUGCAGAGAUACAUAAUAUGACUGAGCGGCCACACGUGAAUCUAGAAUUUGACAUAAAAACACAGACAGAGAAAGAAAACAAACAAACGGUAACAACAGUGAACCCAGAGACAGAAACAGAGCGUGUCACACUUACUUCAUUAUCAGGAGCAAAUGGAAUAGAAUCAAUUGUGUUGGAUGAGAAAGUACCAAAUCUAAGCCCUAAUAGGACCAGGCCACAAAAUCCUCUACAGGGACUUUUCCCAAAUGCGAUUCCAAACUCCCGACCUCGAAGACCCUGGGACAUCCGCAGGAAGAUUGGACAACGUAGGCGAAUUAACAGGCCAAAGAUCCAGCCUGUACCCUCACAGCAUCCUCGCUCUGACCCGAUAAACUCAAUAAACCAAGCAGUGACACUUAAGUCAAGUCCAGAUAAAAUCACAAAGUUGUUGCCCUUAUCAACUACCACAUUUCCACCUAUUAUGCUGACACUGGGAAACAAUGUUAGGACUAUUACAAAUGGUGUGACUGUGACUCCUGUGUCGCCAACUGUUUCCGACCCUCGUUUUAUUACUAUUUCAAAUUUUGAAUCACCUCCACUCAGUCCCUCCUCUACAGCCCCGCACACAUACACAGACAUGAUGAUUCACUCAGGCAAGAAACAAAUAACUGAGGAGUCUACUUUUAACAGCACACCAGCCCCCACUCAUGCUACCAUUAUCAUUUCAGAGCCGCAUGUGCCAGAACCCGAUAAUAGGACAUUUACACAUGCUGCAUGGGCUCAUACAGCAACACAAACAACCUUAGGCAAACAUGCUGAGAGACCCCCGAGCAAACACAGCAAGGAGUUAGAGAUGAAUGCUUUGGGUGAGUCCCACUUUUCAAUCACUCAUUCUCUCACUGCUCCCUCAGUCCCCAGUGCAUCUUUAACCACCACCAGUGCAGCAAAAAUCAUAACUACUUCUUCAGCUGCUCCCAAGAGAGCUAGUUAUUUUGGCAGCACUAAAAGUACACCAGCCUCUACAACUAAUGAGGACACACUACCCACAACAACCACGGCUGCUAUAAUAAGUCCCACCAUGUCUCUUUCAACCCCCAUUAUCCUUCCAAUAUCCAGCACUCCCAGACAGACUUCAGCUCUGUCCACCUCAAUGACUUCUACAGUCACUUUGCCAACUACUUCCUCUACUAUCUCUUCAACUUUGACCUCAGACACUAAGUUCAGGCCAAUAAUUACAAGGCUAAGCACCACUUCUAAUCCUUCUACCAGCAAAAGCAGUUCUCCAGUUUUGAUAAAUGCAAUCCCUAAAGUGUCCAUUUCCUCUUUUUCUACCACAUCUACUGAUUCUAAAACAACACUUCCAGCUACAACAGAAAGUAUUCUGACCACAACACCUCCAACUACAACAAAACAAUCUACAGUGAAAACUCUUUUUUCCACUACCACCACAACGGAAUUGACAAGUACCAAAGCAAUAACAAGAAACACUAAAGCAACUGGUCAGGUUGACCACCCUGCGAAUGGUCAAAACAGGAGUCAGACACCUACUGAUUGGAAGAACCAUGGAGCUAACACUAUUCCAGAUUCACACAGAAGCAGUUUUCAUCAGCCUUCCCCGUCACUUCCCGCAUCUCCAAAGGUUCCGGUUGUCAGAUCUAAGCCAAGGAUCGCAGACCCUCACAUCCGCACCAUAUCAGUACCGGCAGGCAGCACUGUAAACCUGGUGUGUGAAGCUCAGGGAGAGCCAAAACCUUCAAUCACAUGGACUAAAGUUGCUACAGGAGCGGUGAUGUCAAUCCACUCCAGAGCUCAGCGUUUUGAGGUCUUGCCAAAUGGCACCCUUGUUAUCCAGAAUGUACAAGUGCAGGACAGAGGAACGUAUAUCUGCAGUGCGAGCAGCUUGCUGGGCCAUGACAGGUUGCUCACCACACUAGAAAUCUUGACUCGCCCACCUCAUAUGCAGCUGAUGCUUUACCGGGAAGUUACCAUUCAUCAGGGCAGCCAGGUUCACCUGGAGUGCCAAGCAGAUGGCGUUCCAGCCCCUCUGCUUUCCUGGGUUCUGCCUAAUCGUUCUACCUUAACCUCCUCUGGCACCUUUUCUAAUCGAAUCCAUAUGGACACAAAUGGGACCCUUCACAUCUCAGUAACAUUACCCACUGACCGAGGAGUCUACCGCUGUGUGGCAUCCAACUCAGCUGGUGCAGCCAGCGCCUCAGUGCGUCUCCAUGUGUCCUCGUUGCCCCCGGUUAUUCAGCAACCCAGGGAGGAACACCUGCUUUUUUCUGUAGGUUGGCCUGUUUAUGCUCACUGCUCCGCCCGAGGGGCCCCAACACCAAUUCUGCGCUGGCAAAUUCCAGAUGGGACGCUUGUUCGACCAUCCCAGUUUCUUAAUGGAAACCUCUUUGUCCUGCCAAAUGGGACACUCCAUAUUCGCAAUGUGGGGUCAAAGGACACAGGGAAUUAUGAGUGCACUGCUAGUAAUGCUGUAGGGACUACUAAGAGGACAGUGACAGUAGUGGUUAAAGAUGGGGAGGCAAAAGAUAAAAAAACAUCCAAUUCAUCUUUUUUCAACCAAGUCAGAACAUCGGUAAUCCCAAGCCAAACCUCAGCUGCAUUCAGUCCAAGUAAAUUCUCUCCUGUAAAUCCCUCUGACAGAUCUAAGAACUUGUCAAUCAGCUCAAGCCCUUUUAACUCGUCCUCUAGCUCAUCUCUUGAAAUCAAUAAAACCGUAAAACCUUACCCAUCGCACUUUCCUGACAUCAAAAAAGCAAAUCCCUUCUCUGUUUUCUCACCUUCCAUGGUGCCAACAAAUAACACCAAAGUAUCACCCAGAGGAAACAGCACAAGAGUUGCUUCUUCUUUCCAUACCAGUGGAAAAACCUCGACUGUUUUGCAGCCUCGGCCUGUCUCCCCCUUCACUAAAGCCCACAUUGUCUCUACAUCACCCUCUGCUACUACUGUUAACUAUGAGGGGACUUUGAAUCUUUACUGCUCUGUAAGUGGAAACCCUACCCCAACCAUUGUAUGGAGGACCCCCACCAGAAAGCUUGUGGACAUGCACUACAGUUUUGACCAACGUGUAAAGGUGCAUCCUAAUGGCACGCUGUCAGUGCGGGCAGUAACAGAGAAGGACAGUGGAGACUACCUGUGUAUUGCACGCAACAAGGUUGCUGAUGAUUAUCGAAUUCUGCGUGUGUCUGUGGUCACUAAGUCUCCCAGGAUUGACCCAAAACAGCCAAUCAAUCAGAUGGUGUUCUUUGGAAAACCUCUGAAGGUAGACUGCCAGGCCUCUGGACUGCCUCAUCCAGCUGUGCGUUGGACGUUACCAAAUGGGAACACCGUAAAGAGUGAGCUGUUUCAAGAGGACAGCAGGGGUCAAAGACGGCAACGUACUGUUUUUCACAACGGGACGUUAUUGAUUCCAGCAGUUGGUGAAGGAGAUGAGGGCGAGUAUAUCUGCUACGCAGAGAACCAGGCAGGCCGAGAUACCAUGAAGGUCAUAGUAAAGGCCAUGAAGACAACCCCACCAACGUUCACUAAUGGCAGAGGUCACUAUUUCAUCAAAGUGCAGCAGGGAGAAACUGCUACAAUUCCCUGCAGGGCCACAGGAGAUCCUGCCCCAACAGUUACCUGGUUUUCUCCAUCGUUCAUUGUUAUCCCACAGAGCUUGGGAUCAGGCCUCUCUUCUCAGCGAGUUGUGGUCAUUUCCGAUGGAAGCCUGGAAGUGCAUUCCGCCCAAAAGAUUGACUCUGGAAAUUACACUUGUCGAGCAAGCAACUCAGCUGGGAUAAGGAGCAUGGUGGUGACCUUGGAAGUGGAGACUUCUACCUCUGGAAUUAUAGGACAGGUGGAAAAAGGACAAGGUUGGAGUGUAAAGAAAUCUGAUGGCAAUCACGGAGUCAUUAGUGCAAGAAAAAUCAAUCUUGGAUCUAAUGUUGUAACUGCAAGCAAGAGCAGAAGCAAUAACAGCUAUAGUGAUAAUAAUAGCAGAAAAGUAAACAUAGUUCCUAUUACCAAUCUCAACUCAGUGUUCAGUGGCUCCAAUCCUACUCUAAGAAGUUACAGUCAACAUGAGUUUAAAAGUCCUGUUGGAGGAUUUUCAACACGACGGGGUAAUACUGGGAUAAUGGCUGGGGCAAAUGAGGCACAGAGCACAGGCAUUAAGAUAGACAGUACUGGAUUAAAUAGAAACACACCCAGCAUUCAGAGUAGAAGUGGUAAUGUAGAUCGCAGCCAAAGCACAGGCAGAGAAGAAAGUACUGAAAGGAAUCCUGAGAUGAAUAACAAUGAAGUCAUUGCAGGAAAGAAAAGUAAUGAUGCUAAUACCAGCAGAGACAACAGCAGGUUAACUGUUAUUUCAACAAACGGCCAAAGUAUUAGUGGUAGUUUGUCAGGUAAUGGAGCUGGUACAAGCACUCAAAGAGGACAUGCUUUCAACAGGAACAGUCAUGCAGGGGGAGCUAAUGAUAACAGAAGAAAUAGCGUUUCUUCAAGUAGUAAUUUAGACACACAUCUGGGUGGGGGGAAAAUAGCAAAGCACCGAGCAGUUAAAGGCCAGGCUGUCACUUUGCCAUGCCCAUACCAAGGUUACCCUCCACUUCGUUUGGCCUGGCUUCUUCCUGGAAAUGGCAUGCUGCCGGCUCCUUACUACGGCAGCCGACUCACUGUGCAUCGAAACGGCUCCUUGGAGUUUCGAGAUGUACGGGCGAGUGACGGUGGGAAUUUGGUUUGUGUUGCAAAAACCGAAAGAGGUGACACUUUGAUGCGGGUCCAGCUUGAAGUGUCAGAACCAGUGGUGGAUGUGAGAUCCCAACAAGGCAGAGAAGUGGAAAAUAUACCGCUGACGGGAAAUUUAGAUGCAUCCCAGUCUUUACACACAAGGACAGUAUCGCCUCUGCAGCAUUCACAGAGGGGCCUUGGUGUACCAGACAGGUCUCACUCUAUAAACUCUCCACCUUUCUCAGGCUCAGUCUCCAAACCCACAGUACGCACCAGCACCGCCCCUCUAGUGAGCACCAUUAAUGGAGAGACUCUCCGACUGCAUUGCCCUUCCUCUACAACCAGGGGCUCUGUUUCAUGGACGAUGCCAAGUGGCAAGAUACUAUCCAGAGGUGACAGUAGCGAUCUAGGACGUUAUGUGGUGCAAGAAGAUGGAACACUAGUAAUCAAACAGGUUUCUGUGUUUGAUCGAGGCAGCUACAUCUGCAGGUUUUCCAGUCUUGACUCUUCCUCAGUCUCAGUCACCACAGUUCCUGUCAUCGUCAUCGCCUACCCUCCACGCAUCACAAUCGGUCCCUCCCCUGUCACCUACACUAGAGGCGGUGUUGCUGUGGAGCUGCCCUGCAUGACCAUAGCCACCCCGCGAGCAACAGUUAGUUGGGAAACACCAGACCUGACACAACUGAGUGUGAUGGGUCAGCCUCGUAUUUAUGGCAACCUCUACCUGAGUCCUCAGGGUUCAUUGGUGAUACAAAACCCGACACAUAGGGACACAGGAUUUUACAGGUGCAUCGCCAAAAAUGUAAUCGGAGUGGACAGCAAGGCAACCUACCUGCAUGUUAUGUAACAAGACAAAGCAACUAUAUAAACACUAACCCUUUCAAACUUGAUGCAGAGAAACAGCGUUUAAUGAAAGAAACAUUUGUAUUUCCCUGGUGCCCAAAGGAACUGCAAAGCUCUGUUCCGGACAUACUGCUGUAACUCAAGAACAAAAAAUAUUCAUCAUAUAUGCUUUUGGUGCAUAGAGUUGCAAAUCACGGGAUGUUUCAUGCCGGAACUUGACACAUUUAUUGCACACAAAAAUUAGCUAGAGUGAAAUUCCAGUCAUUAAGGAUAAACAUUCUGCAUGUUUUUGAUGUAAAAACAUCAAAACAUGUAACUCUAAAGGCUGAAUCACCUCUUCAGCAUAUCAUCAAGUUCUACAUAGCUCUGGCACCAAACAUUUCAGUCAAUUUAGUUGUGUUAAACUAGAGAAGCUUACAGAAGACCUGCCACCAAGAAUUAACAUUAAACAUCAAUGUAAUUUUUAAAACUCAGUUUAAUGUGGCAGCGACUUCAAAACUAUCCAAAUGUGUACUUUUAAUCAACUGAGAUAUUUUCCUUCAGGUUUGGCGAAAAAUAGUUGGACUUUUUGCUUAAACUAAAAUGAUUGUGUUGACAAUCUUAACACAGGACAUCUGUGAGGGUAUUUUUGUAUAUAAAAUGCUUAAUCCUUUGGAUGAAGUCAUAGUCAAUUUUGCUCAGUCUCAGACUCUGAGUAUAAUACUCUAUGAUAAAAAAAUCUGUACAAAGGCAGCUUUUAUUUGCUUUAUUAAAUUAUUAUACAUUUGCAUACCAAGGUAUCAUGCACACAAACAUGGAUAUUUUGCAAGGCAUAAAUAUAGUCUGCAAUUGCUGCUGUAUGAACUAAAAGAACAGCAGAGCAGUGAGUUAUUUGCCAGGCAUAGUUUUCAUUGAACACAAAAUGUAGGCUGAAAAACAUGCAGCUUCUGUCACAAGGCUUUUUUAUUUUUUUAUUUUAUUUUAUUUUUUUUGCGGGGCAUGUCAGCAUUUCUAAAAAGAAUUAUUUCAAUUAGAUCAUCAACUCCUGGUAUUCCACUGAGGUAACACAUAUGAGAAACUGUCAAGUGUCUGUUAGAAUGAAUGGUGUAAAAUUUAAAGUGUUCUACUGCACCAAGAAAAGGUACAUUGGUUCUUAAAAGUGGUCACACCUUUAUUAAAAUAGUGGGUUUUUGUUCCGUGAAAAACGAAAGCAUCAAAAGUACUUCUUUAAAAACAUUUUACAAUUGUAAUGUGAGACGUCCAGAUAUUCUUUUGGGGAAAAAGUACAAGACAGGUAAUAUCAAAAAACAUUUUGUUUUGGAAGUGUCCAUAUCCUAAGUUUCACCUUUUGAUCAAAAACAACAUUUACUCUUAUUUUGUUGGAGUUUGUCAGCAUGCUACAUGCUAAGUAAUAUUUUUCCCAUCUGUAUUCAGACAUUUCAUAAAUAAUGAAGACAUUUCUUUUCCACGGCCCUGAUAAUUUAUGGAUCCAUCUAAGAGUGUUCACAUUUAAGACAUCUGAGUAAUUGCUACUUUUUAUUUGUAUUAUUUCCCUCUAAAAGUAUUUGUUUUUUCUAUUGAACAUGAUAUAUGUCACUUUAAUAGAUAGAGGUUUUGAAAUGAUUACUUUAACUUGGAUUUCCAUCAGAGUAUGUGCACUUUUACUUUUACAUUCACUUUACUUCGCCUGUGAAGUCACUGAUAUUUUUUUUCAUACUUAAUGAUUUUUAGAUUAAAGUUGAAUUCCUUAUUUAAUUCAGUUAAAAUAAUGAUCAUUUAAUUUAUUAAGAAAUCAUUUUAGACUGCAUUCAGUUAAUGCCACUGUGACAUUUAGCAUGCAGACGCUAGUGAACUUUUAUCAGAACAGAUGAAGCAGCUGUAUAGUGUGGCAUGAAAUUAAGUAAAUUUUUAUUAGAUUGCUAUUGUGUCAGUUGAAUAGCACUGGGACAAAUUCCAUAACGCUGAUGAAUUUAUGUGCUAUAGAUGACACCUCUAAUUUGUUAAGCAUAAGCAGAAGGAUUUUUCAAUGUAUCCAAACCUUGUGUGGGUGUUUGGAUUAGCUGGAGAUGAUAUUGUUCAGUACAGUGUGAAGCAGCUAGGAAAGAGAUGCUGAAGCAAUAUUUUAUAGGGAUGCAUUUUCUUAUUAUAUUUAAACGUAAGGCAGAUACGUAGUACUUUGACAGGUGUCUAACUUAGAGACCCUUACCUUUCUGUAGCCAUGCUCUGACUCCUUCUGGGAAGCAAGCAAAUGCCAAUCUUUUCAAAAAAAGAGAAACCAAAUACUGCAGAAGUAUAGCUGUGGCCUAAACUUUCUAAUUUGAAGCUCAGCUAGUUUUCUAAAGCUUUAUGACAGCCGCUGAAUAAUACAGAUUGAUUCCUAUAUCCAACUAUAAGGCAUUUUUCUUCUUUUCUUCUCUCUGUUUGCAGAUUGAUGCCAAAUGAACUGUUAUUCUAAGGCUCUGUUUGAUCUUAUGUAAACUUUUUAUUUUUUUUAUUUUAUCAUGUCAAAUGUCACAGAAUAGCACAAAAAAUAAAAACCAUACUUAGAUCUGAUAGGUAAGCUUGACAUGUAGCUGCUUGGUAUUGAAUUUUUAUUUGCUGACUAUAUGUUGAACUACAUGGAUUUGUCGCCAUGGUGCAGAUAUAGCAAAAAGUAACACACAGGGGCUGCUGUAAUGGCGAUCUUGAACAAAUCUGAUGGUGGAGUUUUCAGUGUGAAUAGCUAAAAUUAUGUGUAUAUUUUCAAUAACUUGCAGUAAGUUUGUGCACAAAGUCAGCAGUUUGUGUUUUCUCAGUUCCUUUCUUUAACGUUUCCAUCAUCACAUUAAAUUAUUUGUUUUGUAAAGACUCACUUUAUGUAACAUAUUUUUGUACUAAAUGGAGAUAAUGGUUUUAUUAUGUAUGUUGGAUGUCUUACUAUCCAGCUAUGAAUUCUUGCUUUGUUUUUAACAGGAUUCAUUUUAU